AUGGAUUUCUUUUUCAUAUGGUUUAUAAUAUUCUAAAAAUUAUUGAAUUUAUUUCCAUUUACUUAGUUAAAUCGUUGUUUUAUUUAUGAAAUCUUUAUUUUAUAUGUAUAUUAGUAGAACUAUCGAUAAUUAAAAAAAGAUAGAUAUUUGUAUUUUCUUUAUUAUGAUAUUUGUUAUAAUUAAUUUUUUGAAAUGGGAUGUUUUUAGUCUAGAAAUGAAAAAUUGAUUGAGGAACAAAAGGAACAAGCAGCUAUGAAUGAAUAAGAUAAAAGUACUGAAAUCUCAUAUUUAGUUAGAUAAUAACUUAGAUUUAGUGAGUUGUUCAUGUUCAGAGAGUGUCAUUAGUUAAAAUAAAUCUACUAAGAAAGUAUCAAUAGAAGAAUGUCGUAAUUCUUUUAAUAAAAGUAUUGAUUUAAUGGAAGAAGUGAAUAAGAAAUUAGAAGCAUUUUCAGGAAAUGAUUCAGAUUUAUCAGAUAGUGAAUUAAAUUGA